CCGCCUACAAAGAAGAUGAAGAUGUCUCAAUCACCCGCCGCACCCCGCUCAAAUGGUAUCGAAGCGCUCCUCAAUGGCACCCCAAAUAAGAAGCAGCCUCUGACGGCUAAAAUAAACGGCGUUAAGAACCUCCGGAAGGAUAGGGUAGAUGAGGCUACAGCCGUGGCCGGUGAGGCGUUGGCCCGGACUGGUGACGUCGAUAUGGGACAUGCCAGCAAAGAAAUCAUCGAAAUCAGCAGUGGUAUGGAGGAAAGCGAAUACUCGAGCUCAGAAAAUGAAGACGGCGACGACAUGGCGCCUCGUGUGGAGGAACAGGUUGAUGAAGACAAGACUGCUCACCCUACAAAUGGAAAAAUACACGACGAGGACAGGCUCAUGGAAGACCGGGCCGUGGAAUCAGAGCAGCCCUCGUUCGGGGAAAGACUGCAAGCCCAAGCGCCGAAUAUCGUCGACGUCGAAGCAACCUUCGUUGGUCCCAAUGCUGAAUCCCGAGCGCUAGCGAGUGCAUCGAAUAAUCGGCCGCUAUCUGCCCCAUCCGUUUCUUCGCUGGGCACUGUACUCACCCAAGCACUAAGAACAAAUGACCAAGAGCUGUUGGAAUCGUGUCUCAGAGUGAUUGACGUGGACACCAUUUAUGCCACAGUCGAGCGCCUUCCUUCACCUCUUGUUGGAACCCUUUUGCAAACAUUGGCGGAACGCCUACACAAGAAGCCAGGACGUGCCGGAAUGCUUAUGGUGUGGGUGCAGUGGUCACUUGCAGCCCAUGGGGGGUACCUAGCCAGCCAGCCGCAGCUAGUGAAACAGCUUGCAACUCUUAACAAGGUCCUUAAAGAGCGUGCGAGUGGGCUGCAGCCCCUACUAUCGCUGAAAGGAAGAUUAGACAUGUUACAUGCCCAGCUUGAGCUCCGGAGGAGAAAUCAAAGAAGAGCUGCGAACGAUGACGAGAAUGAUGCAAUAGUAUUUGUAGAAGGGGAAGAUGGCUUUUCGUCGGCAGAAGAAGAUGAUCAAUCCGAAGCCGGCAGCGACGCUGUGAUUAGCGGCCCAAGGAAAAGAAUACGGCAAGACUCAGAAGAACCGGAAGACGAAAGCUCUGUGAGUGGAAUACCAACCACCGUGGAAGUUGAAGGAAGUGACUCAGAUGGGGCAAGUGAAGAUUCAGAAGGACUACUUGAUGAUGAAGCAGAGGAAACCGAUCAGGACACUGGCGAUGACAUGUCCGAACCAAUGAGCGACGAUGACCUAGAUGGUAAGAAUGGAUUGGCAAGCGAAGAAGAGGCUAAACCAGCAAGACGUUCAACAGUUGGUCGUGCCGGCCUUCUACGACGG